GGCACAGAGGAACACAGGGCACAGAGGAACAGUGAGCGCAGAGGAACAGUAGGCACAGAGGAACACAGGGCACAGAGGAACAGUGAGCGCAGAGGAACAGUAGGCACAGAGGAACAGAGGGCACAGAGGAACAGUGAGCACAGAGGAACAGUAGGCACCAAGGAACAGUGGGCACAGAGGAACAGAGGGCACAGAGGAACAGUGGGCGCAGAGGAACAGAGGAACAGUAGGCGCAGAGGAACAGGAGGCACCAAGGAACAGUGGGCACAGAGGAACAGAGGGCACAGAGGAACAGUGGGCACAGAGGAACAGUGGGCACAGAGGACCGGUAGGCACAGAGGAACGGUGGGCACAGAGGAACAGUAGGCACAGAGGAAAAGAGGGCACGUCAGGAACAGAGGGCACAGAGGAACAGUGGGCGCAGAGGAACAGAGGAACAGUAGGCGCAGAGGAACAGGAGGCACCAAGGAACAGUGGGCACAGAGGAACAGAGGGCACAGAGGAACAGUGGGCACAGAGGAACAGUGGGCACAGAGGACCGGUAGGCACAGAGGAACGGUGGGCACAGAGGAACAGUAGGCACAGAGGAAAAGAGGGCACGUCAGGAACAGAGGGCACAGAGGAACAGAGGGCACAGAGAAACAGAGGGCACAGAGGAACAGUAGGAACAGUAGGAACAGAGGGCACAGAGGAACAGAGGGCACAGAGGAACAGUGGGCACAGAGGAACAGUAGGAACAGUAGGAACAGAGGGCACAGAGGAACAGAGGGCACAGAGGAACAGUGGGCACAGAGGAACAGUAGGAACAGUAGGAACAGAGAGACAUAA